UCUCCCUCACCCUUUCUCUCUGUCAGUAAGAGAGCUCCAGUGUGAGCUGUGAGGAAGAUAAGGAAGCUGAGGGAGGAUUGACUGACAGAGCUGCCACCUUGCUGAACAAGCUGCAAGACGGAGCAGUGACACAACAGAGCAAAGCAUCAUAUAUCUUGGCUUCAAUGCAUUUGUGAAGACCCUGAGGUGUGCCUCAUCUUACCUGCACGGGCGUGGGUCAAGAAGAUUGCAGAAACACAGAACUUUCAUCUGAAAUGAGGAUUGGCCUUUAGUCAGAGUUAAAUCGGAUAUCUUUUCAAUACAUCAACGUCCCACAUCAUCUAGCAUGGGUGCACGAGGCAUUCUGGGCUGCCUCCUCCUGACUGCUUUGCUCAGCUUAUCAUAUGCCGGGCUCGUGAAGAAAAUCCUCCGGCAUCGACGACAGACUCUGGAAUCCCCUAAAAAAGGACAUAACAUCACGCUCCCCAGUGCGGACCAUCCUGUAGUUUUCAACCACGUCUAUAACAUCAAUGUUCCUGCCAGUGCCCUGUGCUCGGUGGAUGUGGACGCUCCAGAGAGUACGGACCUCCAUCCUACAAAUGCAGCAGUCGUUUCAGGCCUUCCCGGGAUUGAGCACACAGUCAAUGGGGAGAACCAGAUCGUCUUCACCCACCGUAUCAACAUACCACGACGGGCCUGUGGCUGUACUGACGACAUACCCGGCCUGAAAGAGCUCCUAAGCCGACUGGAAAUGCUCGAGGGAGAGGUUUCAACACUUAGAGAUCAAUGCGGCAGUUCACAGGUCACAGGUAAGUUGGGAACUAAACCCUACUGCAGUGGUCAUGGGAACUACAGCACUGAAACCUGUGGCUGUAUAUGUGAGCCGGGCUGGAAACCACCCAACUGCUCUGAACCCGAGUGUCCUAAUGACUGCCAGGACCGGGGCCUCUGCGUUGGCGGAAAGUGUGUGUGCUUCAAGGGAUUCACCGGAAAGGACUGCGCACUCGACGACUGCCCUGUGGACUGCGGUACAUACGGCCAGUGUGUGGGAGGUGAAUGCAUCUGCUCCUAUGGUUACUACGGCGAAGACUGCUCUCAAACCAAGUGCCUCAACAACUGCCAAGGCCGCGGCCGCUGUGAAGACGGAGACUGCGUUUGUGAUGAACCCUGGACUGGCCCUGACUGCUCUGAACUCAUCUGCCCCAAAGACUGCUAUGACCGUGGACGCUGCGUGAAUGGCACCUGCUACUGCGAUGAGGGGUUCACCGGGGAGGACUGUGGAGAGCACACCUGUCCCAACAACUGCCAAAGUAAUGGUUACUGUGUAGAUGGCAAAUGCGUGUGCGCUGCCGGCUUCAAUGGAGAGGACUGCUCUCGAGUUAUGUGCCUCAACGACUGUAACGACAGAGGAACGUGCUUCAACGGGAUGUGUAUCUGCGACGCGGGCUAUCAAGGCGCAGACUGCAGCCAGUUAGCGUGCCUCAACAACUGUAACAACAGAGGCCAGUGCAUAAACGGGCAAUGUGACUGCAAUGUUGGUUUCCAGGGAGAUGAUUGCUCUGAGCUUUCCUGUCCAAAUGACUGCCGGCACAGGGGGCGCUGUGUGAACGGCCAGUGUGUGUGCGAGGAGGGCUUUGCUGGUGAGGACUGCAGCAUCAGGACCUGCCCCUCAAACUGCUACGGCCGCGGUGAGUGUAUCAAGGGACGUUGUGUGUGUCAUUCAGGCUUCACCGGUGAGGACUGUGCUGAGCUGAGCUGCCCUAACAAUUGCCAGAACCGCGGCCGAUGCAUCGAUGGGCAGUGUGUUUGUGACGAAGGCUUCAGCGGGGAGGCCUGCGGUCAGAAAGCUUGUCCCAACGACUGCCUGGCCCGGGGUUACUGCGUCGACGGCAAGUGCAUCUGCCAGGAAGGCUACUCAGGAGACGACUGCUCUGUGCACGCCUGCCCAGGUGACUGCAACAACAGGGGACGCUGUAUCAAUGGAAAGUGCACGUGUGAGGCUGGAUAUGAAGGGGAAAGCUGUGCAGACCUUAGCUGCCCCAACAACUGCCAGGACAAAGGCCGCUGUGAGAACGGACAGUGCGUAUGCGAUGAGGGAUAUAUCGGAGAAGACUGCUCUGAAGUGUCUCCUCCGAACGACCUUACUUUAGGCGAGGUCACCCCUGAGACGGUGGACCUGAACUGGGAAAACGAGAUGCUGGUAACAGAGUACCUUGUGACGUAUGUGCCCACCAGACCUGGUGGUCUUCAACAAGAGUUCGUUGUGCCAGGAGACAAAACUGCUGCCACCGUCAAAGAGCUUGAGCCUGGCAUCGAGUAUCUGAUCAGUGUCUACGCUGUUCUAAGCAACAAGAAGAGCAUCCCCGUCAGUGCGCGGGUGGCAACAGCGCUUCCAAAGCCAGAGGGUUUAAUCUUCAAAUCAGUGAGAGAGAGCUCUGUGGAGGUGAUGUGGGACCAGGUGGACAUCUCCUUCGAUGGCUGGGAGAUCUAUUUCCGCAAUACGAAAGAAGAAAAUGGAAAAAUCGUGAGCACCCUUCCACCUGAUCAAAACCAGUUUAUCCAGUCAGGACUUGGACCAGGACAGGAGUAUGAAGUCUCUGUUAACAUCAUCAAGAACAACACAAGAGGACCCCAAACUACCGAAAAAGUCACGACCAAGAUUGACGGCCCCCAGCAGGUGGAGGUGAAGGACGUGACGGACUCCUCUGCUCUGGUCAGCUGGUCUCUGCCGGUGGCUCCGAUGGACAGACUCACCUUGGCCUACAGGCCUAGCUCUGAGCCUUCACAAGAAGCCAUAGUGGGGGUUUCCAUCCCGGAGACUCAGUACAGCAUUGACAGCCUGACGCCAGACACCGAGUACACCGUGUCGCUCAUCUCCAGGAGCAGAGACGUCUCCAGUGACCCUGUCAUCGCCACGUUCACUACAGCCCUGGAUGCACCCAAGGACCUGAAGGCCGUGUCACAGACAGACGAGAGCAUCACCCUGCAGUGGACCAACAGUCAGGCUGAUGUUGACAACUAUCUGGUGAAAUACACUCCCCUCUCUGGAGCCACUCAUGGGGAGGAACUGUUUCCUCGAGGGCCAGGAGACACCACAAAAGCUACCAUCACUGGGCUGAAGCCAGGGACGGAGUACGGGAUUGGUGUGACGGCGGUGAAGAAUGACAGAGAGAGCUUCCCUGCUACUACAAAUGCAGCAACUGAUAUCGAUCCUCCCAGAGAUUUCAAAGAAAUGGAGUCAACAGAGACUUCCCUCACGCUGAGCUGGCAGAAACCCCAGGCCAAGGUCGGUGCCUACAGUCUGGUGUACGCCUCCAGGGAUGGAGAGGUGGAGGAGGUGGAGAUCCCGCCCACUGAGACCAGCCAUGUCUUGUACAACCUGAUUCCUGGAAUGAGCUACACCGUCACUUUAGCUGCCGAGAGGGGGCUCAAGAGGAGCACACCGGUCACAUUAUCUGCAACCACAGCAGAGGAGCUGAAGCCCAUGGUGGUGAACCUCACCAUCUCUGACAUUACAUGGGACGGCUUCACUGCGUCCUGGAGCCCCAUGGGUGGGGAAUUUGAAAGCUUUGUCAUUGAGGUAACAAACUUGGAUAAUUUCGAAGAGAGCCAGAACCUCAGUCUGUCCGGAGAAGCUUUCAGCCUGGGCCUCUCCGGGCUCAACCCCAACACCAGCUACAUGGUUGGCCUGUUUGGGAUGUAUCAGGGCUCCUUCCUGGAACCCGUGUACACUGAAGCCACCACAGAGGCUGAGCCGGAGGUGGAGCAUCUUUUUGUGUCGGACGCCACGGCUGAAGGUUUUCGUCUGACAUGGACGUCUGAUGAAGACUUGUUUGACAGAUUUGUGAUCAAAAUAAGAGACAGUAAAAGACUAGCCCACCCUCACGAGUACAGUGUCCGCGGUGAUGAAAGGACCAAGGUUUUAACUGGACUCAUGAGUGGCACCGAGUAUGAAAUAGAGCUUUACGGUGUCACAUUGGAACGACGCUCACAACCUAUUUUCGGGGUUGCUCAGACAGGCCUCAGUACUCCAAAUGGACUGAGCUUUUCUGAAGUGAUGGACUCCUCAGCUGUGGUCCACUGGUCCAUGCCUCACUUUCCAGUGGAUAACUACAGAAUCACCUACGUGCCCUUUGAAGGAGGAAGCCCGCUGAUGGUGACUGUGGACGGCGACGUGUUCGAGGCUCUGCUGCCCAAUAUGAGCCCUGGCAGAAAGUACCAGGUGACUGUGAGUGCUAUGAAGGGCCUGGAGGAAAGUGACCCCAACACUGACACUGUAAUCACAGCUCUGGACAGACCUCAGGGCCUGAAUGCAGCUAAUGUCACUGACACGUCCGCCCUGCUGCUAUGGCAACCGUCUGUCGCCACUGUGGAUGGCUACAUCAUUACUUACAGUGCUGACUCGGUGUCCCCCGUGGUGGAGCAUGUUUCUGGGAACACGGUGGAGUUUGAGAUGGGCUCUCUGGUUCCUGCAACCCACUACACAGUUGGAGUUCACGCUAUGAGAGACGCUCAGAAGAGUGACUCUGCUGUCACUGAAUUCACCACCGAUGUGGAUCCUCCUCGUGAUCUGAGGGCUAUUAACGUCCAAACUGACGGUGCGACUCUCACAUGGAAACCUCCGCAGGCGGCAGUGACUGGUUACACUCUCACCUUUGACUCUGCUGAUGGAGUAAUCAGGGAAGUGGUGCUAAGCCCGACAGCGUCCUCUUAUAACAUGGCUCAGCUCACCGACUCCACAGAGUACAAUGUGAAACUUCAGGUCAUCGCUGGACCCCAGAGGAGUCGUCAUGUGACCACCGUCUUCACUACCAUUGGACAGUUGUACAGACACGCUAAAGACUGCGCUGAGAUUUUACUGAACGGAGAGACGACCUCUGGGCUGUACACCAUCAGCCUGGGAGGAGAGGAGAGCCAGCCCAUCCAUGUCUACUGUGACAUGACCACAGACGGAGGAGGCUGGAUGGUUUUCCUCAGACGGCAGAAUGGAAAUCUGGAGUUCUUCAGGAACUGGAAGAACUACACUGCUGGCUUUGGAAACAUGAGCGAUGAGUUCUGGCUGGGUCUUUCCAACCUUCAUAAAAUCACAAAUUCUGGCCAUUAUGAGCUGCGAGUGGACAUGAGGGAUGAAGGAGAAUCGGCCUACGCUCAGUACGACAAGUUCACGAUUGCAGAACCAAGAACCCGCUACAAAGUCUACUUAGGAGCGUACAGUGGAACAGCAGGGGACUCCAUGACGUACCACCAGGGUCGACCUUUCUCCACCUACGACAACGAUAACGAUAUUGCUGUCACCAACUGCGCCUUGUCCUACAAAGGAGCCUUUUGGUAUAAAAACUGUCAUCGUGUCAACCUCAUGGGGAAAUAUGGGGAUCUCAGUCACAGUAAGGGGAUCAACUGGUUCCACUGGAAGGGCCACGAACACUCAAUUGAAUUUGCAGAGAUGAAGAUUAGGCCGGCUAACUUCAGAAAUUUGGAGAACAGAAAAAAACGAUCAUAGACUUGUGUGAACCCCCUCCUCAUCUACACCCCAUCAGUCAUAAAUACAAAUGUUUAAUAAAAUACUCACGAAACAAAAGACAAUCACACUGAAUGUAAUUGCAUUUUGGCUGUGAGACAUGAACAUGGCAACAUUUCCACCAAAGAAGCAAACAGUGUUUUGUACAGCCAUCCCAGACUGGCACUGUUGGUAUGUGUGGUUAUAGAUAUUUGAAGGCAGCGCUAAUCUGAUGAGUGUGAAUGGACAUGCACCACAUGUGUUAUUGGGAUAAACAUCUGUAGUGAGGAAGUCAUUGUAAAAGUGUGUAAAUUCAUCCACUGAUCAGCAACAUGUCAAAGGCACAUAGUCAGAAUCACACCCCUAAAGACACAAGACAUUAUGAAUACAUGUUGAAUCAGUUCAAUCCCUCUGUCAGAAACUGAGGUAUUGACCAGGAUAAAUUAAGACAAUGAUACAUCAUAUUUAAUAUACUGAAAAAUAAACGUAUGUAUUUACUGUAAAACCAAGAGACCGUUUGGAGACCACUACAUUCAUAUUUAAAUGUUUAAAGAAAGAUGCUCUGUAACCUUCAAUACAAAUAA